AUAGACUUGCAUCUAAACAAGAACAAAACAGAACCUUAGAUCACGGAGGAAAAUAAAAGGGAAGAACAUCCGAAAUAAUCAAAUUUAAAGAGAGACAGAGAGAGAGGAAUGGCCACCAUUAGAAUCCCAGAUGAUGUUCCUUCUCCAGCCCAAGACUGUGAAACUCUCAAGAACGCUUUUCGAGGAUGGGGAACUGAUGAGAAGGCCAUUAUAAAGGUUUUGGGACAAAGAAACGCGAGUCAGAGAAGGAAAAUCAGAGAGACAUACAGAGAGAUUUACGACAAAGAUCUCAUCGAAGAGCUCUUCUCCGAGUUGUCUGGAGAUUUCUUGAAAGCGGUGAUAUUAUGGACAUAUGAUCCAGCGGAGAGGGAUGCAAGGCUGGCGAAUGAGGCGUUGAAGGUGAAGAAGAAAGGGAUAAAACAUCUGAAAACGAUAGUGGAGACUGCUUGCACGACAUCUCCAAACCAUCUGAUUGCUGUCAGACAGGCUUACUGUUCUGUCUUCGAGUCCUCUCUGGAAGAGGAUAUUGCAGCCUCUUUGCCUCCUCCCCUUGCAAAGAUUCUGUUGGGUUUGGUCAGUUCAUACAGAUAUGACAAAGAGAAGGUGGACGCAGAAGUAGCUGAUACAGAGGUAGCUAUGCUGCAUGAAGCAAUUGAAAACAAGCGGUUAGAUCACGACCAUGUCAUGCACAUACUCGGAACCCGGAACUUCUAUCAGCUCAGAACGACGUUCGAUGUGUACAAGCAGAAAUUCGGGAACACAAUCGACAAGGACAUCGACGGAUGCCUUGGGGAUGCUGAUCUGAAAACCCUCUUGCAGAUGGCUGUCUUGUGCAUAGAGUGCCCUGAGAAACAUUUUGCAAAGGUUGUGAGAGAAUCCAUCGAGGGUUUCGGAACAGACGAAGAUUCAUUGACGAGAGCGAUUGUGACACGAGCUGAGGUCGACAUGAUGAAGGUACGAGGAGAGUAUUUCAACAUGUACAAUACAAGCAUGGACAAUGAAGUCAUCGGUGAUACUUCUGGGGAUUACAAGGACUUCCUCAUGACCUUACUUGGAUCCAAAAUCUGAUGUUGCUUUGGUGCUCUUGGAUCUUUGCUUUAUGUAUCUUUUGUCAAUUUUCUUAACAAUAAUUUCUGAGAAUUGGAAGAGACAAAACGAAAACGAAUUUCUUUGAUC